UGUUCACUGCUAGCAUGUGUUAAGCCUGAUCUUCACUCAAAAUCAUCAGUUUUUAUAAAUUUAUGAGGAGCUGCCAGCUCGAUCACAGGUAGUAUUAAUUUUGGGAGGGCUACAAGGAGAAUCAUGCAAGAAGAAGUCACGAAUUGAAAGUGAAAGCGAUUACCGCCAUUGUUUUUCUUGCUCAUCUAUGAUUACUUUUCUGCGUUUAAUAAGCUUAAGUACCUACUUGACGUUAAUUAUUUCAAAACCUGAUACUUGCUUAUCUUCCUCAACAGCUUUUCUCCUGUAAUGGUGUAGUUUAUCGAGCUGAUGACUCCCUGUCUACAUAUAUAUAAACUUACUUGUGCGUCUGUUUAUACGCGCGUGACAACGUUCGCAAAACGGUCUUGGUUGGUAGAAUUUCCUGGAACCGAUGAAAGACAAAGUGUUCCAUGAUAGCUCACAAAGUGACGAAAAUAACGAAGUCGGCAACAGAGGUUCUUCAUCAACAGUUCCUCCUUUUAUCCCAGCUGGUAAGUCUCGCAAGAGGCAUCUUCCUGAUUAGUUGCAAAAAAAAAAAAAUUAUAGCAACUGAUCAUAGCUUAAAGUUAAAAAACUCUAUGUGGUGACCUGUUGCUUUGAUUUGUUUUUUUUCCUUUGAGAAAAAAAAAACCUUGCUUCUUCACAACUCAAUGGAGACUAGUAACAGUUAGAAGACAGUGUCUAUUAAGCUUCAAUACUUGUGAAAUUUAAACCGUUUUUUCAUAAUUAAAUUGUAAUCUACAGUAAUGUAUAAUCUGAACACUAACAAUUUAAUUGUCUACACUCUCUUAGACUUGAAAUUGUUUGACAAGGAGUUUCGAUCAACACAGCUGGUCUUCAGUUAUCAAGGUGGAAAAAAGGUUAGUGAGUUAUUACCCCCCAUAUGGUAUUCUUUAACUGUUUACUGUUACAUUUAUUAUACCAAUCCACUAAACAUGUUAUGUCAAUGGAGAGGAAGGGUCUUACAGUGUAUGUGGAAUAAGGCCCUAAGUGAUUGCUGAUCUAAUAUCGGCAACAAAACUGUUGGGACAUCAGUGUACUCAAAUAGGGUAACUAAAGAGAACAAAAGAAUCCGCAACUAUUUUGUUUUCUGUCUUUUUUACUUUCGGUGUGCCUUGUUUUGAUAAAGGAAAGAAUAAGAAAUUUUGUGGGACACACCACAUUGCAUGAUGUCAAGGCAUGUUAAGUGUGACAUGAAAUGUCACAUUGCACUGAAAAUAAUGAAAUAGCCAUAUUCUAAUAAUGUUUUAAAAUAGGCAUGAUUACAUCAAUCAUAACAAAAAAAAGGGCCACCAAGGGUUUUAUAUCCCAGCAAUAAUAAAUGAGUUGAAUUAGUUUUCUUUAGCAUGUAUGGUCAUUUUGCAAUUCAGACAAUCGGUGACAAAAUUGUUGAGAUACGUACUCAAAUAGGGUAACUACAGAGAACAAAAGAAUCCACACCCCUCUCCCCUCCCCUUCAUUCAAAGUUGGGGUGUUUGUUGUUUUCUAUAGGUAGCUUGAACAGCAGCACAGUGUUGCAUGGAGGGGAUGGGAGAGGAAAAGCUGUAUUUUCCCCUCUGGAAGUCAGUAAAGCGUCAGAAAGCCCCUUUAGAGUGAACUGUCGGAACUAAUUUUGUCACCGAUUGUAGCAUCACAUUCUUUCUUUUCUACAUUGUAUAUGCUUCAUAACCAUACAUGAUGCAGAUUGGUAGGAGAAUUUACCAGUUAAUCAGUUCAAAAAGUUACUUUGAGCUUUGUUCCAAGCACUCCUUCAAUUAUGUGUUUAACCUUACUGACUUGUGCAUGUGGUAAAAGAUUCUUCAUGCUGGUCUAACUGUACAAUAUGGACUGGUACCCUAGUUAGCUUCUGACAGUCUUCAGCCACUUGAAACUAAAUUGCAUUUCAUUUGCCUUAGGUUCCAAAGCUCAGGGAGCCUAGGAAUUUGUAUGCGUUUUGCAAGGAAAAGGGGCUACAGUCUUCACCAAGAUGGUAAGAUUCAAAAAUGACUGCAAGAAGAAAAGUUAAGCACUCUUUAUUGACUCUGGCCACACUAUUUACUAUAUGUACAUGGAUAAAACUGUACACAAGACUGUUACUCACAGUUGUGCCUCUCUCAGCAAACUUGUACUGUACGCUAUAACUGCAGCCUUCUCUCAUCACUUCUCUGAAGGACAUUUUAGCAAUGAGCGAUGAUGUAGAUUUAUUUGUGUGUCUCUUUUUCACAUAUGCAUGGUUUGUAAACAGUUAUAAACAGGAUAAUAAUUUACAGCCUCAAUGACAAACCUCUCAGUUCCACCCUUGUCAAGGUCAAUCCCACUCUUUUUUCCCAAUCCCAUCCACCUCUUCCUUUUACUGUCAUCACAUAUCAGAACAGUGUCCACUACAUGUACAUGUAUAUACCCUUCAGUCAAUCUUUUCUAGAAUAAAUACCUUACAAACUGGCAAGUGCUAUCUGUAGGUUUUCACCUCAUGUUGUUAUACUGUCAAAGGAAAGGAAUGAAGAAAGGCAGGGCCGGCCGGACCAUCUGUUUUUGUGAGGUGCCCAUAAACAGAAAGUUUUCUUAAUAAUAAAUAGCUGUAGGUUCUACCUAACAACUUCCUCUAUGUAACCGUCUCUGCUUGUACAUUGUACAUGUAUACAGAACUGUGUUGCUUUGUUUAAUACUAGUCUUGUGCAUGUACUACCUGUUACUGCGCAGGCAUCAGAAUUAUACUGUGCUGAAGUUUGUCUGUUUACACCAAUUUUCAGGCCAGCACAGAUGAAAAUUUUGCCUGUUCGUCCCAAACACAUCCACUAUGUACCAAGAAAUCCUGAACCUUUUGUCAAGCAAGGUUAGCAAAUAGAUUAAUAAUAAUUAAUGAAAUCAAUUUUGACAAGCAUCCAUCUACUACAUGUGCAUCCUAGAUCAACUUAGACUUUGGAAGUGCAAAUUUUUAGGAAAGGGAGAAACCAGUCAGUGCCUGGAGAAAGACAUGUCAUGCAGAACCAGGUUGAGAACCAUCUCAGAACCAACAACAAAUUUAAUCCACGUAACAGUUGUGUCACCUUUGGGCACUGAACCCAGGACACAAAACAUAGAACUAGGCAAACACCGUCACUAGUGAGCUCCAUUUCAGUAACCCUCACUCACCAGUUCAUUUCUGUCUGUUAAUGAAAAGAAAAUGCUCUAUUAAGUAGGGCCCACCAGCGUGCAAAGAAAGUAGUGUCCAAUAGCCCGGAGCUAGUGGAUUUUGCUAUUGGGCUAGUGAAUUCUGUUUUUCACUUGCCCAAUGGGCAAUGGGCAACUGAUGUUUUUUUGAGGAAUUCAAAUAACGUGGAAUAACUGUGAAAUCGGUUCUGCUAGUCAAAAAGUUUUUGCAGCUAGUUGAAGUGACGUCUGGGCUAGUAAAUACUAGCUUCAGCUUCCCUGAAUGGCAAGCUGUAAAUAAAAAUGAUUUUCUUUGCACCCUGGCCCAGUCUCUGACUGUCCAACCAUGAGUAUUUUAAUUUUUGGGAAACCUACCAUGAACUUGCUUGUGUACUCUGCAUGCCGUUGUGUUGAAACGUUUGAAACAAUAAUUGAUGUAUAUUUGAUGCUAGGGUUCUUGUUUUCAAGGACAUAUGUGAAACAUUGUUUUAUAACAGUGUGGAGUCAAAUGACUGAGGUCAUUUUGUGUUAAAUGGAAUACCAAAUUGUCAAUUCACGUAGUUAUCAUUUUUUGAAACAGUGUAUUUUGUCUCUGUUAUUGCAGAGAAGACAUUAGAUGAUGUCAAUCUUACCAAGCUACCUUCUGAUGAAGGAACAGUGGUGUACAAUAAUGAGCCUGGACCUGAGAAAUAUGUAAGUGCAACACAUUAUUUCCAAGUUAUACUGUAGUGCAGUUAUGUAGUGUGACAACCAGUGUGGCUUGAUGAGCUGCCAAAUUCAUUAGUAGUUACAGUGUAUGCCUGGAGAACGUUUCCUUGAGAAGAUAAUUUGGAGCUUAAUCAACCACAGCGACAAGGACAACAACAACAAUAAUUGAUAAUUAGUUUUAUGAGCAAAAUAACAGCUCUGCACAUGCAUCAUGCUUUCUAGUGCAUGUUGCAUUUCUUUGAUGUCCAUUGCACGUUGGCGUGAAAUCUCCUAACGCAACGUUCUAUGGGGGACGCGAACAUAUGAAGCUCCAUAAAGUCCUUAAGAAUUUAAGUCCAGGAGAAAUUGCCUACAUUUGACAAAUUUAGUAGUUUCAAAUAAACACGACAAAGUUUAAGAGGAUGCAAACUAAUUAAUUUUUUUUUCAACGAGGUUUUUAUUACUGUUAUUGUCAUUGCUAAAGCUCUCCAUUAUUGUAAUGCAUUAUUACUGCGUUAAUUUUUUCAUUUGUGGCGAUUAAUUUUCAGUUUGUCAGGUCUCGUGUUGGUGGCAGUCAGAUUUUGAACAAACCCUUUUAUAAGUUAACAACACCUGAUGACCAUACUCUGCUUUUUGAGUCCCGAUUUGAGUGCGGGAAUCUCUUGAGGGCAAUAAAAGUGUGAGUAAUUGUAACAUGUUGUGUAAAUUUUAAUUCGUGAUGUUGUGCUAUAAACAGGUCUCUUAUUUAAUUACCCACAGCCUUACAUGUAUAUAAAUGUACAAUGUAUGUUCACACAAAACAUGAGAAAAGGUUGACAGCCUUAUGAUUUCAUUGUCUACAUGUAUUUGAGUGGUCAUUGGGGUAGGGAGACGGGGUUGGAGGGUUAGGGUUAGGGUUAGAGCUGUUUUCUCAGGCUACUAAUGGGAGAUGUACGCAGUAACUUAAGUUUUUCCUUUACUUGUCGUUUACUGUUCAUCAUUCCCCCCACUCAGAAAUCAGUAAUGUUAUGUCAUUUUUAUCCAUAAUUAAUUGUUUUGAGCUGUUUUUCUGUACUCAUUUUCUAUUUUGAGAAUUCCUCACCAUAAAUCUGACGUUUGUUGUUUGCAGUAAACGGGACUCUAAAUCUUUCUAUAAUGCCUUUUUGUGUGAUUUUGGAUUUGAAAGAAAGGAAAUAAAAAUUAAUAUGGACCAAGAAGGAUAAAGUCGAACUACAACUUAUGCAGCAAAUUUACACGACCCAUCGUGGCAGGAUUCAUAACCCAGUCGGUAGAGCGCUUGACUGCAGAGCAGGAGGUGGUGGGUUCGAUUUCCCGAACCGGAACAAUACUCAGGGUCUUAUUGAAGACGUUAAAAUAGUGACCUCAAUUAGUGCUUUUAUGCAAAAUACAUUGACACUCAAAAUAAGUGCUUUUGUUGUAAAAUUACCAACAUUGUUUUGUUCGAUUGAUCUUUUAGAAAUGAUCAUGAAUACCAGCUGUGGCUGAGAAAUGAUUUAUACACCAAUAAACACACACAGUGGUAUUACUUCAGAUUACAGAACGCCAGGCCUGACAUCAAGUACCAGUUCACCAUCAUGAACCUACUUAAGGUGAGAGAGGAGGCUGGGAAAAAGGACACGUUUAUUUAAUUAUUGUUCGUUGCUUGUUUUUUGAGGUGUGAGAAACUUCUGAUUCUGAUCGCUUGAUGUUGAAUGCAAUGGGCCCUUCCACGAUUUUUAACAUGGACCAGGAAGUGAAACAAUGCUAGAAAGAUUUGUACAUUUGCCAAGUGUUAGGCUAACGAGGAUAUAGAUCCACAAAGUCACGAAAUUUUACAGGUUAUUCUAUGUUGGGGUAUAAACUUGCCUACCCCCCCAACUACCAUUGUCACGACCACCAUACAGACGUCCGUCGGGAGCCCAUGACUCAUAAGCGCCAGCCUCUGUGAAAAACGAAGAAUGAAAACGAGAAACCAUAAUACGGUUUGCAAUGAAAUUAUUGCCUACAAAUUUGCAAGUGAAAAAGGGAAACUUCAUUUUAUAUGAAUAUGAUGUAUUAACCCAGAUUUUGUUUCUCUUCUCAUACUGUAGUCUGGCAGUCUUUAUAAUGAAGGUAUGAGACCUUUGCUAUACUCAGAAAUAGACGCCGCAACCAAGAAAAUCGGCUGGGUCCGAACUGGAGAAAACAUCAAGUACUACAAAAAUGGCGUCAGGUAUAGUACAGAAGAUCUGUUCUUGAGCUGCUGUAGGCUAACCAGUUUUCUUAAGGUAAACGUCCUGCACAAAUCGGGCCGUGUGGAUCGAGAGUAGUAAAGGAAAAGUACUUACUAUGUAAUGAAAUCACGUUAUUUAAACCAACCCCUAUUUUUCUAUAUGACAAUAGCGAAUGAAGUUAGCGUCAGUGAUACAUGUAUUAAAAUGUAUGGAACAGGGCUUCCUUUGACAUAACGUACCUUUGAAACAUGCAAACGAUUUUUCCAGUCUUGGCACUGCGUUAUAGCCGAGUUCCACUACAGUUUCGUUGGUAGGAAAUCGUCGAAGAGCAUUUUCAGUCGGAUCUUCAUGAGUGAAAACUGAAGUAAUUGCGUCAGCCAAUCACAGUGCGAGUAGUCGUUCAAAUUUACCAAUCAGUGAAGCAAAAACAGCGGGCGAAAAGCGCGGGAAAACGCGUGUGAGCAAGUCAUGACGGUAUAAUGGGUUUAUUUUUCAUUAGUGGAAGGAAAUGGCGUGAUCUUUUGUUGAGCCAAUCACGUGCGAGCUGAUAGUAAAAUACGCCAAUCAAAUUUCGAAGAAAUGCUCAUAGGGCGGCCGAGUGCAAAGCGCUGAAAAAAUACGUGCACCCCGAAUUUGUUUUCCAUCCAAUCACAGAACACAGUAAUCCAAUGUUAAUUGCUUUGGACCUCACUAAAAUUUUUAACCACUUUUUCUUGUUGUCAUUGUAGACGUGAAGACACCACCAAAGAAAAGUAUCACUAUUCUCUGACCUGGACGUGUGACUUUCCAAAUGAGGACGAUACGUACUACUUUGCGCACUGUUAUCCCUACACCUACUCAGAUUUACAGGUUUGUCUUCUGAAUUCAAAAUCCUUUACUCUUAAAUUUCUAAUAUAUGGAUUUAGCCAGGGCUAAAAGCGAAGCUCUGGUUAAUAAUACGUGUAAAAAAAAAAAAAAUUAAUCGUGCAAUGCUAAACGGGGACGACAAUGAAAAUGGCUUCAAGACUAAUAGAUCUAAUUAGCAAAAAAAAAAAAAAAAAUUGCACGUGCAGCACACUUUUUCUACUAUAUCAACAAAAACCAAAUUUGCACGUGCAGCACGCUUUGCUUUGCACGACAACAACGCUGUUUUGUACGACCAAAACUUCAAACUUCCUAGUUACACAUUAUUUUUAUGGAGGAAUUGUCGUGUGUGCUUACCCAAUAUUUUCUUUCCUGUGUUCGCUUUUAUUUUUCACUGCCGCUGAUUUUCACCUUGUUGGCUGCUAGCAUUUCUCGUUUUUUCACCGCCGCUUUGAAUUUCCAUGUUUUUCUUCUUACGAAAUUCGUCUCCUUUGUUUUGUCAAUCACUCGCUCUAGCUCUUUCUCUGUUAUCCACGUUAGUGUAAACAUAAAAAAUAACGCCGACAAAGAUACGACUUUGUUGUUGUUUUUUCUUUCUAAAAGUCCCGGCGGCCAUGUGAUUUCCUUCCAAAUAAAACCUUGAGUUGCAUUUGGGUUGCCAUACCUGUUGAUUGAGUUAUUUUACAUUGGUAUGCCUGUGGUGCGGACGGACGGGCGGUCGGUCGGUCGGUCGGUGUACGGUACUGUGAACAAUUUCAAUAAAGCAUAUAGGGUAGACUAGAAAAGCCCUUUUUUUUGCUCAAAUUAACCCGCUAAGAAUGAGAUCUGGAGGUCCAAUGAUUUCUUAAACCGCGGCCUAAGUUAGACUUCGUUUGAAUAACGGACGGCGACGGCUACGAGAACUUCAGAAUAGCAAGCGAUAUCUUUAAUGAGCAAAACAACAACUUUGCACAUGGAGCACACUUUUUUUGUACAUUUCUCUGCGUCAGUGUACGACCACGACGUGAUGCCUAAUUUCACGCUCUUAAGGAGGACGUAAACGAGCGACUACGAAAAAUUUUUUUCUGUUUCGGAACUUGGAUAUGGUUCUGAGGAUUUCAACUAUAUGGGAGUUCGCCUACAUUUAACAAAGUUACUUGAGUAGGACUAAUCGCGGUCAGAAAUGAAAGAGCUGCCGAGGUCGUGGUUGGAAGACGAUACUGACUAACUCUAGGUGUCCGCCUUGUAGUACUGUUGGACAUUAAAGAAAAGGAAUGCAGAAUGACAACAUCGCUAUUCAACUCGUUUUGCAGCAAUGUUGCAAAACAAGUUGCAUGUUUUUUGUUGCCGGUUUUUCUGUACCUUAAGCUCGUGCAAAGACGGCCGGUAUCGUGAAUAAGGUCUUUUCAAGUCGCUCCUCACUAUCUGAAUGGCUUUAAAAAAACCUUUCAGCCUAACGUAGUUGAUGUAGGAAAUGGUAAGCAUGUUGUACAUUGCAACCAGUUUCCACCGAUAUUUGACCCUCCAUACAUGGAUACAUAAGCUCUUUUCCUUACGAUACUUGUACCUUUUCUGUUUGUUUUGCAAGGAAUAUCUUCAAAACUUGAGGAAUGACCCCGUGCGAUCGAGAAUUUGCAAACAGAGGGUGUUAUGUCGCACUCUUGCUGGGAACUUUGUUUAUAUUCUUACAGUGACGAAUCCCUCGAGAAGGCCAGCUGAUGCCGAGGUUUGUAAAAUAACUCGUCAUAACGUUUUUUUGUGUAAGGCAAAUAAUGGAAAAUUAGUAUCUGUAAUCAAAUGGUGACGAGUGAAAUUAGGGAAUAAUUUCACGAGUAUACCGUUAUUCCCUAAUUUCACGAGUAUACCAUUUGAUUACCUAUUAGUAUCAUGGGUGACGAAUUAACGCUGUUAUACUACAACAUUAGAAAUUUCUGCAAUUUGAUUGGCUUAGAAGAGUGGUAUUUCAGCUUAAUUUCAAAUACCUACAUGUGAAAAUUACAAACCUUUUGCGGGUAGUAGUAUAAACAAAUAAUAGCAUGAUUUGUACGUGAUAUUUGGCAUAAAUACCACGAGUGAUAUUUCAACAUUGUCUCAAAUUUAACUCGCCUAACGGCUCGUGAAAUUACGUAUAACAAUUUUGAAAUAUCACUCGUAGUAUUUAUGCCAAAUAUCACUACAAAUCAUCCUAUUACCUAUACAAAUUUCGCGCCAAAAUCGAGGAGUACUUCGUCACCCAUGAUGUUAUGGUUGUAAUUAAUAAUCUCACAUCUGAAAUUACAGAAUUGCCAUGGAAGCCUUCCGUACACGUGUCUUAGUGCCAAGAUGGCGACGAAGUUUAAAAAUGUUAUGAAUGAAGAUGUUAGGGAUCAAAAUACGCUUUAGAAAAUCUAAACAAACGAAAAAGUACACCAAGAAAACCUCAAAACGUACCUGAAACGUUGUCAUAAUCAGCAUUAGCAUCAUCAUUAUCAUCAUCACUACUGCCACCACCAUCACCACCGCCAUCAUCAAUAUCAAUCAUCAUCAUCAUCAUCAUCAUCAUCAUCAUCAUCAUCAUCAUCAUCAUCAUCAUCAUCAUCAUCAUCAUCGUGAGACCUUUGCUUUACUUAGAGCUAGACGCCGCACCUAAAAAAAUCAGCUGGGUCCGACCUGGGGAAAACAUCAAGUACUCUAAAAUGGCAUCAGGUAUUAAGCAGAAGCUUUUGUAGCAAACCAGUUUUUUUUUUGUAAGAUGAAAGCCAAAUCAUGCCGUUUGAACCAAGGGUAGAAAAGAAAAAGUACUUUCAACGAAACCCCAUUAUUUAACCGUGGAGGGCUGGGUACGAGUCUGUUUAUUAUGGGAUAAACAACACGAGACCCACGUAGUGAGAAAGGGCACGUUGGGGUUAGGAAAACAUCAAGUACUCUAAAAUGGCAUCAGGUAUUAAGCAGAAGCUUUUGUAGGCAAACCAGUUUUUUUUGUAAGAUGAAAGCCAAAUCAUGCCGUUUGAACCAAGGGUAGAAAAGAAAAAGUACUUUCAACGAAACCCCAUUAUUUAACCGUGGAGGGCUGGGUACGAGUCUGUUUAUUAUGGGAUAAACAACACGAGACCCACGUAGUGAGAAAGGGCACGUUGGGGUUAGGAACAUUCUUAAGUUUGGCGUUGAUUGGGCCUGUAUUGAACAAGAUACAUACAUUAAAAAACUCCAAAAUUUACUAAGAAAUGUAUAGACGUCCGGACGGUGUGUCCGGCAAUCCAUAUAUCUCUUAUAAAUUUUCAAGAUUUUAAAUAGCUGCGUCUUGUUCAAUAGUGGCCCGAUUGACACCAAAGUUGGGAUUUUUCUUAAACUCAAUGUUCUCUUUCUGACUAUGUGUCUCUUGUUGUUUAUCCCACAACAAACGGACUUGAACCCAGCUCUCUUGGGAAUGGAAUUAGGCAAUGCAUAUGUUAGGUUACAGUCCACGUUCAAUUAAACCCACUGUACAUGUGGUAUUAAUUAUGUGUUUGUUUGACAGGCCAAACAUGGUGUGGUGGUGACGGCACGGGUUCACCCGGGAGAAACAAACUCAAGUUGGAUGAUGAAAGGACUUUUAGAUUAUCUCACAAGCAAUGCUGCUGAUGCUAAGGUUCCAUAAGACUGUUGACUGUUUUGUGUUUGUUUAACAGCUGGUAUAAGGUGAUUUAGCAUAGGAUUGUCUGAAACAAUUAAGGCUGAUCAUGGCGAGGUUGAUUACAUAAACUGCAACUGCUUUCUUGUACACUCGAUAUCAGCCAAAAUGUCAGUAUUUCUCGCAAAGUUCACCUAUAACCUAGACUACGAGCGUUCUCUCUUUUCUUAGUCUGUCGAGCGGAACGUGCGAGACACGAAAAUGACCACGCGUGUGACUAAAGGCGCGAGACGGGAGAGGCUUCGCCGCUCGACGCUCGCGCGCUCGUGCACUCCCCUCUUUAAAUCUGAAGAAAAAUAGAGACUGCUUGCAGUCUACCUAUAACCAGGCCAUUCAAACGUAUCCCUUAUAGGUCGAUUCAUUUUCAGCAUACUCGCAUAUCCGUUGAAAUGUUUCAUUGUUUUCCGGCUUAAAAACAGUAAAAAUUCCCAAGAGGCCAAGGAGACGGCCAUACGCAUACAGCUAUUUCGAGAAAGGUUGUCGGAAAAAGUGCACGCGACAAACCCGAAAGGUAUUGUGGGUGCUUUUGAGUGCACUGGUCCUCAAAGAAAUUUGAAAGAAUGGCACGGGAGGCCACGGACAUAUGUUUGCGAGUGCUAAAGGAAAGCAACAAAAGUAGGUUCGACAGCGACAGUCGUUAGGAGCAGUGUAAUGAUCAUAUCCCAUAUUACCUUUCAUAUCCCAUAUUACCUUUCGUGUGUACAUUUUUUCCGACAACCUUUCUUGAAAUCAUGCGAAAUAGCUGUAUGCUUCAAAUUAAUCCACCCUAAAAGCAAAGGACGUAAACAAGUGCCGACGACAUUUGGAACUUUGAAGAGUUCAACUCAAAAGACUCCAUAAGAAAUUGGAAUUGGAAUCAAUGUGGUCUUUUCUCUCUUGUUUGCAGCUUCUACGAGACACGUUCAUUUUCAAGAUUGUUCCCAUGCUGAACCCAGAUGGAGUCAUUGUUGGAAACUAUCGCUGUUCAUUGGCUGGCAGAGAUCUGAACAGGAACUAUAAGACGGUUUUGAAAGAUUCUUUUCCUCCAAUAUGGCACGUGAGGAGCAUGGUUCGAAAGUGAGUAUGUUCUUCGUCUGUAGUGAACUUUACUUGAAUGCUUGGGACUUUCAGUACAGUCUAAAAUCUACGUAAUUGUGCAUUUUUUUGGCAGGUUGUUAGAGGAACGAGACAUAACUUUGUACUGUGAUCUUCAUGGGCAUAGUCGUAAACAGAAUGUGUUUAUAUAUGGCUGUGAAAAUAGGUUUGAUCCCCAAAAGACUCAGGGAGAGAAUUUUUCCUGUAAUGAUUUCGAAAAAUGCGCCAACCAAGGUAAAUUUUGUUGCAGGUGUGAUAUACUUAUGUAAAAUCAGCCUUGUUUUGUUGUUGUUGCUUUGUUUGUCCUUUUCUGCUCGUCUUGUAGUUGUAACCUGAAUUUACUUUUUUUCUUUCACCGUAGUUCUCAUUCAAAAGCUGCAAAUUUAAGGUCCAAAAAGCAAG